UCCGACUCUGUCUCUUCCCAUGGAGCCUCCUUCCUGGAAAUCACUCAAACUUUCUCUCGAACGACCGUACAAGGACGAGAAUGGCGCACCCAUUCCAGUUCUUCAGGACAUAACACCUCAGGGAGAGCAAAUAUAUGAACCAAAACAGACCCCCUCGCAAAUACUGGGCGAAAACUUACGUCGCAUCUUUCUUGAGCGAGGAGUCGAUUUCUUCGAGAAGACAAAGGAUGGAAACCUGGCUGAUAGGAUCGCGGAGGCCCAUGUCGAUGUGAAAGACACGACGCUAGACACGGCCGAGAGCGACGACGAUAACGACGGGCCCAGCAUCAUGACCAGCGAAGAACUCUACAAAAUGAGGAUGGAAAUAUCUUCCCAGUUGUUCAUAGCGCUGGGAGAGAUGACCCAUGCACGCGACUUGCUCUCUGCCAUCUUAUCGACGCCUGGGCAAGCCCCUCACUCCAUUCCAGGGAUACCGCGCCCAGAAAUACAGCAGGACGCUCCACUCUCUGCUACUAUCAUUAAAAAACCGCCACCUAUUGUCUCUGUUCAAGCUUUCAAUACCCAACUGGCAAUCGGUAGCAAGGAUGAGGCGUUACGAAAGGCUUCCGACGUGUUCAAAGCGGCCGCCGACAGAUUAGAGGGUGGCAGAUUGCGCGGAGAAAAAUACUGGGCAGAUGCCCUCAAAAUACGACGAGGGAACUGGGCACUGACUCCAGCGCCGUUACCACUGGGGUCAGCGACCGGAAAGGGCGCUGACAAGUCAUCCAAAGACUUUUUGAUAUCUUAUGGCCUGGAAGAAUCUUCUUCUAGCUUCAGGCGCCGUGCUAUCGGACAUAUGGCAUCUGUUGAAAAUGCUUCUGAGGAACUGAUAUUUCCUUUUCGUCAACGUACUUCACUACGUGUUUCUUUGACAAGCGGCGAAGGCCACACCUCAACAUUCUCAAAAAAUGAUUUCCGGUCGGAGGACACAUCGUUAGAUAACUUACUCAGGGAUGCCCAGCGAGAAAUUGUCGAGCAGGAAAUCUUUUCUCUCCUGGUCCAUGAAGCCAGCAGACUACCGACUGCAUCUGCCAAGGUUUCCGAACGUCUAAUCGUCAUUGACUCUGCUCUGGGUACUGAACUCAAGUUUGAACUGGUUGAAAGCGAUUCUGUCACACCUCUAGCCUCCCGAAAUACGUUGCAGGAAGCCACCUGCGACUUGAUCUAUCAUUCGUUACACGCCCUGCUUCUCCGAAGACAUCAGUAUCUUAAAUCACAAAGACUGAGUGGGAGCGAUGCUCCCAAGACGGAUCCACCGCCUGUUCUACAGCCGAUCAUUGAUCUGCUGCAGUACCAAGUGUUCUGCCACAGAGUCAAGACAGUCAUAGAGGGCAUCGUCACAGCCCUUACACUAGCUGACAUAACAUCUACGCUCCGGUUCCAACCUGUAGGAGAAGUGGGACAUGAACUCGUCAACCUCCUGGACAAUCGCAAUGCAAAAGCUGUAGGUGGUCAAUGUAUACUGAGAAUUGACAGACGGCAUACUGUCCGAUUCUCUUUCUUGGCACCGUCAACAUUAAAUGCUCACCUAGCACAGGCCACCCUGACAAUAUCGUCUAUUCCCCAGCUAAAUCAGCUACUUACUGAUGAUGUCGGACGCUUUCUCCUUCAGCGAAUAUGUGAACUCGGCCGUGAAAUAAGUAGUAACGUUAGUGGAAUUUGGUUCCUGGAUCUGAACCGAUGUGUAGGAAGAUGGGAGGGGUGCACGCUCAACUUUCGGAUUGACUUCCACGCAAAUUCGACUCUGAGGUGCACUCUCUUUCGAUUAGAUCGACAUACACCAAAGCAGGGUGAAUCAGAAGUAUACCACUCAGGUCGUAAUGUCUCCCUUAUACCAUGGGUCGAAGGACAUAUACGAAAGGCACUCGGAGUUCCAUAGCAUAAGCAUAGAAUGCGGUGUAUGUAUGAUAUCGAU